GUACCAGUGCAUAAAGCUGAUAGCAUAAACUGGGCCCCUGGAAAGUACUUAGCUUUCAUAAUUCAGAACAGUUACUGCCAUCGAUAAAGUACAGAACUGUGGAAGAUAAUCUCCUCAGCAGACAAAAGAUGAAAGUUUUCAUUAUUUUGGGAUUUUCAGCAGCUAUAGCCUUCACAGCUGUUUUCUUUUCUUUCCUUAAAACAGGGAAAGACACCAUCUUUGAACAAAUUGAAGAUAACUGCAUCACUAAGGCUAUCCAGAAGGGUUCUAGUCUGGUGGAUUAUGCUGCACAUUAUGAAAUUAAAAGAAAGAUCCAAGGAAGUGGAAUAGCUACCCCUACCUUACUGCUGACUUUCUCAAAAUUUCCUGAACAAGAGAGUCAAGAGAUUUCCCAAGCAGCUGAACGAAUGGAAAUGUCAAUUCGGGUGCUGAAACAAAAAGUUUGCCAGAAGCACAAGCGUUCAUUGCAUCCAACUGAUCAUUUAUCAGCUGAUCUGCUCACUAUGAUUGCUAAUAUUUCUGGAUGCCUGCCUUAUAUGUUGCCACCAAAAUGUCCAAAUAAUUGCUUAGCUAAUGAAUAUCGACUCAUCACUGGUGCCUGCAAUAACAGGGAACAUCCUAGAUGGGGGGCAUCCAACACAGCUCUGGCUAGGUGGCUUCCAGCAGCCUAUGAAGAUGGCCUCAGCCAGCCUCGAGGAUGGGAUCCCAGUGUCCGAUACAACGGAUUCCAGCUCCCCUCGGUUCGUGAAGUGACAAGAAAAAUUAUUCACGCACCUAAUGAGGCUGUUACUGAAGACAGCCUGUAUUCUGAUAUCAUUAUGGUAUGGGGACAGUACAUAGACCAUGACAUUGCAUUCACACCCCAGAGCACAAGUAGAACUACCUUCCUAAGCGGGAUGGAGUGCCAGAUGACUUGUGAAAAACAAAAUCCAUGUUUUCCAAUAAAGGUAACCACCAAUGAUACGUUAUCUACAGGGAUGGAUUGCCUGCCCUUCUACCGCUCAUCUCCCGCAUGCGGCACUGGUGAUCAUGCUAUUCUCUUUGGAAAUAUAUCCAUGCUAAAUACAAGACAGCAGAUCAAUGGCUUAACUUCUUUCCUUGAUGCCUCUACAGUCUAUGGCAGUACUCCUGCUGUUGAAAACAAACUGAGGAAUUUAACAAGCAAAGAAGGCCUUCUCAGAGUAAACCUAAAGUACCAUGAUAACCAUCGGGAGUACCUGCCUUUUACAGACCAGAUCCCAUCCCCUUGUGCACAGGACUCAAGUGCAAGUGGAGGUGAGAGGGUGGAAUGUUUCCUGGCUGGGGACAGUCGCUCCAGCGAGGUCACCUCCCUGGCUGCCAUGCACACACUGUGGCUGAGGGAGCACAACCGCCUGGCCCGAGCCCUCAAACGCAUCAACGGCCACUGGAGCGCCGAGACCGUCUACCAAGAGACGCGCAAAAUUGUUGGUGCGCUGCAUCAGAUUAUUACUUUAAGAGAUUACAUUCCCAAAAUCAUUGGUCCAGAUGCUUUCAAUCUGUAUAUUGGCCUUUAUACAGGUUAUGAUCCCACAAUGAAUCCCACUGUUUCUAAUGUAUUUGCAACAGCUGCUUUUCGUUUUGGUCAUGCAACAAUCCAACCAAUAGUAAGGCGAUUGAAUGCACAGUAUUUAGAUGAUCCUGAACUCCCAAAUCUUCACUUGCACCAAGUUUUCUUUAGUCCCUGGAGACUCAUUAAAGAAGGAGGCUUGGAUCCUUUAAUAAGGGGUCUUCUAGCACAUCCAGCAAAACUGCAGGUACAAGAUCAACUGCUGAAUGAGGAGUUAACAGAAAAACUGUUUGUGCUGUCCAAUAAUGGUUCACUUGAUUUAUCGUCAUUGAAUUUACAACGUGGCCGUGAUCAUGGACUCCCAGGUUAUAAUGAAUGGCGAGAAUUCUGUGGUUUACCAAAACUGGAAACUCACACUGACCUGAAUACAGUAAUAACCAAUCCCAGUGUCACUGAAAAAAUCAUGGAAUUGUACCAUAAUCCUAACAACAUUGAUGUUUGGCUUGGUGGUCUCAUGGAAGACUUUCUUCCAGGUGCUAGAACUGGUCCCCUGUUCGCAUGUAUAAUUGGAAAGCAAAUGAAAGCACUAAGGGAUGGUGACCGAUUUUGGUGGGAAAAUGAUGUUUUCACAGAAGCUCAAAAGCAGGAACUCAAAAAACAUUCACUGUCCCGUGUGAUUUGUGACAACACAGGCAUUUCUGAAGUGCCAGCAGAUGCCUUUCAACUUGGAAAGUUUCCACAAGAUUUUAAGCAUUGUAACAAUAUACCUGGGAUGAAUUUAGAAGCUUGGCAAGAAUUUUAUCAGGAAGAUGAACUAUGUGGAACACCAAAGAGUGUGGAAAAUGGUGAUUUUGUAUACUGCUCAGAAUCUGGAAAAUUUACAGUGACUUAUACAUGUCACUAUGGAUUUCAGUUGCAAGGAGAAGAACAAUUAACCUGCACAAGCAAAGGAUGGAACUUUGAGGCUCCAGUUUGUAUAGACAUUGAUGAAUGUGAAAAUGAAAUUAAUCCACCAUGCCAUCCUUCUGCUACAUGCAUUAAUACUAAGGGCAGCUACAAAUGUCUCCACACUGAUCCCUACAAGCUGGCAGAAGAUGGAAGAACAUGCAUUGCCUGCAAAUGAAAUUGGUGUGCCUUUCUUCAGAAGUCUAUCAGUCACAUGCUUACAUCCUUUGGACAAUAGAAGUCAAGAAAAAAUGGCAAUCAGACCUCCCAACCUGGAAGGUCAUUUUUAUUCUGGAUGAUUCUACAUGGUAUUGGAAGCACAUGCAUCUGCCGAGCUGCCUCCCCAUUCUCAAAACAGGAAACCAAUUUUGUAAGGAUACGGAUGGCAGAUGAAGAUGCAGGGCGUGUCCAUCAGUGCAGAGGCACAUUCCACCCUCCAGGAAAGUUUUGUUGUUCUAUCACUGUGUGCCAGUUUGUACUUUAUCAUGUUUUCCUCAGAAACACAAAGUGAAAAAACCAAAACAUACUGUGGUGCUUGACUCUGCAGAAUAUAUUUGUUGUCAUGGGCCACAUGCUGGAUCCCCAAUUCCUGAACACAGUAAAGACAGCCAACCUCCAGCCAACCUGUUAGCCCAGGCUAAACUCAGAGGAAAACACUUCAAGAGAAACUCAACCACAGGGCUGACAGCCUCGUCCAAACCACAGGGCUGAACUCAUGCUGAAAAGCCAGUGGCAAGGCAAAGGUUUGUAUACUGACCAUUUCCCCAGGAGGUGUUUGCUUUCUGUUCCAUGGUGCAGCCUCAAAACUGUGAUUUUAGAUCCUGUCUCAUUGUAGAGCGAUGUCCAGAUGCCUGCCCAAUGCUUGGAUUGGCAGCCCAUCCUCUGUCAGAAUUAUCGUGCUCUUCCCAUUGUCCUUUUGGGUGUUUCACUCACCUGCUUGCUUAUCACACACAUGAGCUGCAUGCUCUUUCUCUGACUUUAUACAACAAAACUGUGGAGCACUUAUCCAUCAUUUUCACUCAUGGUGCCUUGAGGUUUCUGAAUUAAUUGUAGUUAAUUAUUAUUUUGCUGAUUUGAUUGCAGAAUGAGAUUUGACCACAAGGGAAAGGAUGAACAUUAUCUUUUGAAGAACAUAGGAAAAGUUAAUAUUGGAUGAGUGCCAUGAAAGUACCAAGAGAAACUUCAGCCAAUGUUCAAAAUUAACUGCAGUUUUCUCACUUGUUUUUUCCCAGUACUUAUCUGUCAAUCAGCUUGUCUGAGCAGUACACAUUACAAGUAGCCAGUUCCAGAUCUUUGAUAAUUUUUGACAUGACUGAAAUAAGAGUCUUGUAUUCCCUUUCCUUUUUGAGCUCCUAAAAUAAAGAAUAAUGCUUGGUACCACUCUCUGUAUAGCAAAUUACCAGUAAAGGUAAACAAGUACAGGCUGAGUUUAGGGCCCCACUAGAUGAGGAAUAAAUCAAAGGUAGUGGGUCAUUAAAAUCCCAUGAUCCUUCAUGUGAAUGGAAAGACUUAGAGCUAUGGAUCAAAGUUUAUUCCACAAUGCUUCAGGGAUUUUUUGACAUUUUUCACUAUGAUGGCAAGUAACCAAGAUGUCAGCUGGAAAGCAUUCAAGAAACACUGACUUCUUUGACAAAGAAGAAUACAUCAUCAUCUGUGACUUUUUUCUCUUUUACCAUUUUCCAGUCUGUGAGAAAAUUUGCAGCAUUUUUCUGUCUUCUAUUAUUAAUUUUAGGAAAAAUACAAAGCUCUCAACUUCUUUGGGUCAUUUUGCAGCCGUAAUACCUCUAGCAAUAUCCUUAGAUUUUUAACACUGCCGUGUCAAACCUUAUACUAGGGAUUCUGAUCUGCUGCAAAUGGUGUCUGAAUGGAAAGCAGAUAGACUGCUGACCACCCCAAAAAUUUGUGAGCUUUGAAAGUAGAGUUGGUGGCAAGAUUGUCAAGUUGUUACUGGCUACAAAGAGCAAGCUGACUACAUUUCUCAAAAAUUGCUGGUGUUUACUUGAACCCAACAAAGUCAAACGUGACUCUUCAUUUUAACUAAAAUAUAAGAAAUAUGUGACGAUGACAGAUUUACCAGAAGGAAUUUAAAUAAUUGCUGUAUGUUUCAUUCUAUUAAUAAUCAUUCUAUUCAUAAUUAGCUCUGGCCCAUUCUGACUGUUUCUGAAUUAACUUUCCCAUUAUAUUCCUCUGACAUAAUAUUAAAAUAAACUCACUGAAUUAUGAUAUUUCAGGUGGAACAAGUCCUCACACUGUAGAAUUCUGCCAUUUUCUUCCAUGGGACAGAAAUUCUUCCUUUGUGCUCUUCCCAAGUAAAGCAGUACUAUUUUCUUUGACCUCUUUCUGAGCUGGUGAUAUGUGGCUUCUGUCUGGUGUGUAUUACACUUUCAAAAUAAAAGGAACCUGUCUGUUUAGUUGAGGUAAAUAACUUGGAGUAUUUAAGUGAGCUUAUUGUAGAGUGAUCUUCUUGUGUUUUGUGGUAUUUUUACACUUUUUCUUGGAUUAUUGCAGACUCUGGUGACAAUUCUCCUUAUGCAAAACAUAAACCCAAAUAAAUAUAUAUACCUUCAGUGGAAGAAACCUGGCAACAACAGGAAGAAGGAAUUUAAGUGACUGACUCAUAUAAGGUGUCUCUUUCUCCACAGAAACUUUAGAAAUCUUCCUGAAGCAGAUAUGGCUGUUGAUUUCUCACAGUGGAGGGCACACUGCAUAAAAUCAAAAUCAUAAGUAAUUUGGUUUAAAAUAAAGAGGAAAAUGAUGACACGUGAAGUCACUCAUGCUUGUAAAAAGUGUUCUGAUGUUUUCCAUGAACGGUGCGACAUCUGCUCUUCUUCCAUUUUUGUAUUAAACUACCAGAACCAAAACUUCUAUAUAUAUGUGUGUAUACCCAUAUGGACGUAACCUUUGAGAUUACAAUGGGUUAAGUCAAGCAGAGGUCUUUCUGUGAUUCUGCUCUAUUGAUUUGCUUAAUAAAGAUGUAUU